GUAAAACUAAUGUCAGCUUGGUCCCUUUUUUCUCUGGCGGUGGAUUUCAUAACUACACCAUCUGACUGCAAAGAACAUCUUUAUCUAUUGACAGCCGUUCAAAAAUAUCUAAGUUUGGCAACAUGUUUUGCAAACAUUUCAUUUUAUUAUAGAUGUUUUGGAGGCUCAUAACGGUGAGAAAUUGACUUCUUUUCCUUCCUGUCUGUUGCAUUUGAGGUCACAGCUUGGGUUUGUGUUCUUGCUAGGCCAUCAGCUUCAGUGUUGUCAUUUUCAUGCAGCUCCGUAGCCAGUAGUCACAUGACAUUCGGGCUUUGUGUCAUUCUGAGAAACUCUAAUUUGAAUGUAUGUGUAUGUGUGUGUGGUUUAACCUCUCAAGCAUUUCCAUGUACAUACUGAUAAACAUAAUGACCACAUCCUCUGAUGAGCAUAUUGGUAUUAUUAACUCUCAUGCAGAUAAGGAACCAGUGGUGGUUGUCAGUUGUUGUGGAUCACAUUUAAGCCAGGUAGUUUGAUCUUAGAUCAGUCUGAAAGAAAAGAACCUGUUCUCUGUGGCUUUCAUGUGAGCGUUAGUAAGCCAGUUGGGCACAUGCAGUACAGAUCAGUAACACUUCUCAAAUAAUUUACUGCAAACCAUGGGCUGCCAGAACAUUGGUGGAACUCACUGGCCCCUAACAUGUUUAUGUUCUGACAAAGUGCUUAUGAUUUGUGCGGAUGAAAAAAAGAAAAACACUGGGUGGAUUUUUAUCAUUAUAGGGUGGUUGUGUAGAGACACUGCAACAAACAUUUAUGUCCAAACACCAUGUGAAAGUGAAUUUUGAAUCCAAUGUCCCCUUUAACCGAGUGAGAUGUUGAAAUAUUGGAUAUUUUACUCUAGUUGUACUGGUUGUACACAAGACAUUUUUGUACACUGGAGCAUUUGAAUACUUCUUUUCAACAAACAACACAUCCCUUUAUUGGCUUGCAAAUGAUGCUCGAAAGAUGGUCAGAAUAUUCCUGAAAUUAUGUAAAUGAUGUUUGACUAACGCCCAGCGUUAAAAGCCACAGUUUUUGUAUAAGUGAAGGCUUUGUGUCGGAGGCCGCAGUGAUCAGUUUACUGUUCAGAGGUUGACAGUGGACAUUAUUUCUUUUUAGAGCAUUAUCAAUGUAAAUCGCUUUCGGAUUACAAUGAAAAUAAUCCUUCAUUUGACAGCGCUGCUGCUGCUGAUAAUCACAAGUAACAUUGUGGUCAAAAAAUCUCAAGGAAACUGGUACUGCUCUCCUCUGGUGAACACAAGCCACUGCGCAAAUGCUUCCAGUUAUUUGGAUUGUGGUGGACACAAUUACUUUUGCACAGCGUAUUCCUGCAGCUCUCAGAGUGCCGGCUGCUCCUGCAAGAUCGGACCCUACAACUGCAGCAGCGACUGCAACUAUGUUUCUCCAGAUGUCUGUAACUGCAAUGCAAGUUCUCACUCCUGCUACUGCCUGGGAGAUACAACUCAAAGCAAAUUGGAAUCGUUAAGUGCAGAAGGCAUCAUGAAUCUUGUUGAACAGAUUGCCAAUAUGACAAGUCAAAUGACUCCUGAAGUGGCAGAAAACUAUUUGAAGGUUGUUGAUGCUGCCCAGAUAAAGGUUUCAAACUUGGCCAGCGCUGAAGAUAAAGAUACAUUAGUGUCAUAUGGAAACACUUAUCUGAACGCCUUUGAAAGCCUGGUGUCUGCACUGGUGAAGCCAACAGAAACACAAAACUUGCAGAAUAUUAGUCUCAACAAUACAGAAGUAAGAGUUCUUGUGGUUGGACCAAAUGCAUCUGUAAAAGAAAUCCCUUUGAUCAGGACAGAAGAAGCUCACAUGGAUAUUAACCUUUUUGAGAUUGCCAAGAAAAGCCCUUCAAAAUCAGCUGCUCUGACUUUCAUCAGCUACAAGACAAUGGAGAAUUUACUGAAGCCUAACUUUUUGUUCAACACAACAAAUGACACGAUUAAAACCAUGAUGUCCACUGUGAUCUCAGCUACUCUUUCCAAUACCACCAACACUAAUCUCACCAUACCAGUCAACUUCACCUUCAAACACAAGUUCAAUCCCAACGGUUCUCUGUCCUGUGUGUACUGGAAUAUCAGCGAGUGGAUUGUAGAUGGCUGUUCUGUUUUAGAGACCAACAGCAGCUACACUGUGUGCUCCUGUGUUCAUCUGUCAACAUUCGCUCUUAUCAUGCAAUCCAGCAGACCACCAGAGAGCGACUCACUGCUGGAGAUGUUGAAUUUGGUGUGUGUGAUCGUGGGGCUGGUGUUCUUCAGUUUGGCUCUGUUGACCUUUGCCCUUUGUCAGUGGAGUCCUGGAGUGAAUAAUGUGGCUCGAAUCAACAUCUGCAUCAGUCUUCUGCUGGCUCACCUUCUGUUCCUGCUCACACAACAGUUCCUGAGACUCAUACGCCGUCAUCAGGUGUCGUGUGCCGUGAUAUCAGGUGUGCUGCACUUCCUCUUUCUCUCCGGCUUUGUGUGGAUGUUCAUUGAAGCUGUGCUGCUCUUCAUCUGUGUGAAGAACCUAUCACAGAUCAGCUCCAAAAAGAGGGAGGUGCUUAGCAGUGGAUUCCUGUGUGUGAUUGGAUAUACAGUUGCUCUGGUUGUGGUGGCCGUGUCUGCCGGGCUUGUUCCUGAAGGCUACGGCAGCGAACACUGCUGGAUUAAAAUGGAUAAAGGUUUUAUCUGGAGUUUUCUGGGUCCUGUUUGUGUCAUACUAGCGUUAAACACGAUUCUCUUCAUCUGCAUCACCAUCAGGCUGAACUCAACUCUCAAAAAUCUGAACGCUGAAGUUUCACAGAUGAAACAAACCAAGAUUAUGGUAUUUAAAACACUGGCUCAGUUUGUGGUUCUUGGUUGCUCCUGGAUUCUGGGUUUCUUCACUAAUGGCAGGAGGGAGCUGGAGAUCCUCUUCCUGAUCUUGAACUCCCAGCAGGGAACCUUCAUCUUCCUGGUCUAUUGUGUCCUCAAUAAUGAGGUCAGGCAGCAGUACAGGAAGUUCUUCAGAUAUCUUGGAUAUGUCUUUUCUGUGGACGCAAACAACACUGAGGAUUACAAAAUUAUGACCAGGAAAUAAAACAUACUGCUCAAGUGCCAUUAAUAUACAGGUGAUGUUGUCAUGAUUCCAGUCUGUAUUCCCCUGUCUUGUGGUUAAGGUCUUUUAAGUUUUUCUGUUAAAUUGUUUGUGUGUUCACUUAUUGUGUUUACACUCUCAGAAA